AUGGAGAAAGGGGUUGGGUCAAACGGUGCCUCACAUGUUCAUGCCGGGGAAUCAGUGAAUGAACCCGAAGAAAUCCAAUCCGAAAUCAGACCUGGAGGACACAAAAGGACACUGUCUGGAAGCAUCAUGUCUAAGCUAUCUUUUCUAUCGAGACCCCGCAGUCCCGAGUCUCCGCCUUGUGAUGAACCAAUAUCUCCAAAGAGGUCAAGUACUCGAGCUAUGGCUGUUGCCGUUCAACAGCAGAAGACUAGGAGGAGGAAAGGUUCUUUAAGAAAGGCUGCACUACUUGGUCGAGGAGCGCAGCGCGAUCGUAAAGAGGUCAAAUCCAUACUUCUCGAUACCAAUCAGCCAAGUCAAUAUGUUGGCAGCCCAAUUCCAAGUCCUACUUCUCCCGAAAAUAUUCGGCCUGUGAAUCAUAUUGGUUUGGGAAUAUCCGACGAAACUCCCCGCCCCUCCAUGGAAGGUCUAGCCAGCCGAAACAAUAAUACUUUACUACCACCUAUCAAAACUCUUCCGAUGGGUGCUAAUGAUCACAUCGUCACAUCACCAACGACCGCUACAAGUCCGACUUUGACUUACACAUCCACUACCGAUGAAGAAGACUUGCUCAGUAUUCCACCACAUAGUUUACCAGCUGCAGCUCGUGGACCACCACCAUCGUCCAGUUCAGAAUCAUACUUUCCGCCCGGCGCCGGCUCUAUACUUCGUCGCCGACCCUCUCAAAAACAAAAAUCCCCACUGUCUAUAGGCGGACUCGCCGCAAGUCCACUUCCUUUGACAGAUGCAGAAUGGGAUUACUCGGAAACUGAAUGGUGGGGUUGGGUUAUUCUAAUUGUAACAUGGGUUGUGUUCGUUACUGGUAUGGGUUCAUGUUUAGGGGUAUGGAGUUGGGCAUGGGAUGUUGGAGAGACUCCUUAUGCACCUCCUGAGCUGGAGGAUGAUCCGACACUUCCGAUUGUGGGAUACUAUCCUGCAUUGAUCAUUUUAACGACAGUAAUGGCUUGGGUUUGGGUGGUGGUUGCUUGGGUUGGUAUGAAAUAUUUUCGACAUGCGAAAAUUAGUGGGGACUGA